AUGGCUCAUCUUGAAUGUACUGCACGAUUACUGGCUGACGUUGUGAAAAAGGCCCGGCGUGAAGAAGGCGAUACAGCCACAGCGACUACUGACAGCAGCGCUGCUCCAAAUAUGCCGUCCAACGCCGCAUCAUUUCCAGACUUGGAGGUCUCGCAGAGUGAACGGCUUUCCAGCCAAAAAUCAUCGAGCGAUCUGGAAAAUUUCAACUUGGAUGCAAGCUGGAUAAUAUCCCCUCCCGAUGCGCUAUCAGAGGGCCGCAGUCUGAGUACUGGGCCAAUCCAUUUUGGAGCUCAGGCUGGGCUGGAUUUAUGUCCUACUCCUUCCAAUGUCCUUCUGUCAUCUCCCCCCAACGGGACGGAGACAGCCCCAUUUUCUAGACGGCUGCAACAUUAUGCCUUGGAAAGGGGAUACGAGUUGAUUAAAAACAUUGAAACACCGCUCUCCAUUCUUCACUACGCUUUCAAACAUUGUUUUCGGGUUAGCAGCAGAGAAGAGAUUACUAGUCGCCUAGAGCUUUUACUGCAACAAUCGCUUCAAGGGGCUGUUUUGGGUCCCGCCAAAGACCUGCCUUGGGUUUUCAUGUCCAACCAGCAGAGCUUUUCAAACAAAAUGUUUGAGCUUACUGAUCCUCCUGCUCUCCCAACCUCACCUACUCAUCCGAUGUCUGAUCCAGAAACGGGUCUUUCUUACUUUCAGGGCGAUGAAUUUCUAAGUGCAAAAGAUGUGGACAUGUACCUACAAUCAAGAGGUAUUAUGACAUACUUGAUCGAGCAGUUUGUCUCUCUACUGGACCGGGAUUUAGAAAAUGCGAUGUCGAGAGCGCUUUAG